UACGAUUAGUGUGCCGCUUCAUAACUUAGUAUCCACUGGCGCAUCACUUGAUCUAGUCGCGCGCGCGCGCUCAAGUCUCGUUCAACCGUAAUUCUUAUCUCUAUUACACGCUAGCAGUUAUGCUAAUUCGCGUAGCUCUGCCGCUGCUCUUUGCCAUUUACUUUCACUCAGCGACAUCCGGCGCGUCGCCGAAAUGCGCCCACAGCAUCGUGUUCAACAAGCUGCUCGGCAUGCGGCCUCCGUCAACCAACUCGACGGUGAUCCCGCUGUACGCCGCCGCCAGCAAGUCUCGCGAGGAGUCGGCGGUAAACGUGCGUUGCGCCCGAAUCUGUCGUGAAGACCUGCUCUGCCACGGGUACCUGCUCGUGUUCAGCCAAAACACUUGCUACGGGUACUCCACGGCGGCGGCGAUGAACCCCGAGGGCAUGACGGCAGUAGCAGCGUCGCGCUACGAGCACAUUGAUGACGACGUCGACGCAAACUACCAAUUAGUGGCCGAUGCUAAUGUUGCGUUUUUUGUCAAGACCUGUCUGGACGUGCCCGCCAAAUGCUCCUCCAAGCUGUUCCCCCUUGUGACAAUCCCCGGAGCGGGUUUAGUUGGUCAGAACGAUCGCUUGCUGCCCAGGUUGGUCACGCGGGAGGAGUGCGCCAAUGCUUGCUUCCACCUCAAGAAGAACUUCCGGUGUAGAUCGGCGCGGUUUGUCCGAUCUUUUCGGAACAACCGCCACCGGUUGAGGUUAAAGGUGGAGAGCGCCCCUUUGGGACAGUGUUAUCUGAGUGGUGGGGAUCGCUUCACGCAUCCGGAAUCGUUCCGGUACGGUGGCUGGGGUGACGAUGAAGAGUACCUGGAGAACCAGUGUGAAGGAUGGGUACGGGGGGCGGCGAGUUGUUCGUUCGAGCAGCAACGUGACUUGACUUUUGCGUACGCCGAUGACUCGCUGAUCGUGUCCGACGAGAGAGGCUGCAGCGAGCGCUGUUUGAACGAGGAUCGAUUCACCUGCGCGGGGUACAGCUACCACAACAGUUCGGGAAGGUCGACCUGUUCGCUGCAUUCGGAUGAUCUGACCUCGCUGGGGCCGAAGGCGAUCCGGGUGGAUUUUGAUUCCGUUUAUGGACGGCGGGUGCGCUGCUUGGACGUGACCGCCCAGUGUUACGACGAGCGGAUUGAGGUCGGGUUUGUGCCUCCGGAGGGAUUCGCGGGGCGGAUCUACCUUAAUACGGUGCAUGGGAACUGUAGCUACGACGAAACGAUGGCUAAUGGGACGAGGAUGCUGACGAUCAUGACCGGAAAUGAGGUUGUCGAAUCGCGGUGUGGAAUUCGACGCGCGUUCAUCAAGGGCAAUGUGAACAACUUCCUGGUAUUCGGUUACGUCUACAUCCAGCAACAUCCAAUGGUUCGAACGCAAGCAGAUCGCCUGUUGAAAGCAGGUUGCAUCCAUCACUUGAACUCAACAAACAUUACCAAUCUUAUGAGCAACCUUCCCAUGAAGUCCACGGUAGAUUUCAUCCCACAAAGUCAAUCGCUGAGCUUCGGCUCAACGGUCCUCCUAAACGGAACAUCUAAGAUCACCAAAAAAGUCACCGUCCAUCUGUAUGACGUAGAAACCCAGGCGGAACUCUUCGAAGCCGCCCUUGGCCAACUCGUCGAAAUGCGAAUCGUCUCCAAAGAUCGCAACUUCGACCUCGCCCCUUACGACCUGAUCGCGUACUCCGGCGAAGAAUCCAUCCCCCUGCUAGACUCGAAAGGAUGCCCCCUGGAUCGACGACUGUUCCCCGGCUUUCGGAAGCAAAAAACGACCCCCGGCCUCACCUUGCAGGCACGCUUCCACGCGUUCACCUUCCCGCGCUCAACCAUGCUGAACUUCCGGCUGACGAUCAAGUUCUGCUACGAGUCGUGCCCGAAAGUGGUGUGCUUUUAUCAAUAAACUUUAUUUUAGAUUCUGAAACUGA